AUGCAAUUUUCCCCAUUUUCCACACAAUCCGAGAAUGAUGUAACAAUCAUUCCACCACCAACCAACACAGGAAGUAGUCGUCGAACAUUAUGGAGCAUUGAAGAUGACAAGAUGUUGGCACACUCUUAUUACACGAUUUCACAAGAUUCAAAAAUUGGCAAUGAGCAAAGUGGUCCAAGAUUUUGGAAGCGCGUUGAAGAGUAUUGCAACGCCAAUGUGGGAAAUGAUAGGCCAAAAAGAAAUGUCGAUAGGUUAAAGUCACAUUGGACUCUAGUUAAGAGAUUAACCUAUGACUUCCAUACUAUUUAUUAUAGGUUACAAGGAAUGCGGCCUAGUGAUGCUAAUGAUGCCGAUAUUAUUGUUCGUGCUACGGAAGAAUAUAAAGUAAAACAUGGUCGAGACAAGUUUGGCUACGAACACGUAUGGGCCAUUUGCAAAGACGUUCCAAGCUGGCAACCAUCAUUUGUAGCUCGCCAAGCCUCAUUAAGUAAAUCAUCCACCAAUCAAAUAUCCAGCGCAAGUGUAGGAGGUAGUGUAGAAGGAAGUGGAGGCGGUAGCUCACAAGGAAAUGAAGGCGGUAGCGAAGAAAUUUUUCCUUGA